AUGUCAAGAUUGAUUGUGAAAGGACUUCCCAAGUACUUUACGGAGGACAAAUUGAGAGAGCAUUUCUCUCAAAAGGGAAAUGUUACUGAUGUCAAGUUGAUGAAAAAGAGAAAUGGUGAAUCCAGAAGAUUUGCGUUUAUUGGUUACAAGUCUUACGAAGAUGCAGUAAAAGCAGCCGGAUUCUACAAUAAGUCUUUCAUUGAUACUGCAAGGAUAGACGUCGAGCUUGCUAAGACUUUCUCUGACCCAAACGUUCCUCUUUCCUACAAGGACAAGAAGAGACAAGACUUGGAAAGAUUGAGGAGACAAGAAGAGGAGUUACUCGAACAGGAGGAGAGAAGAACCAAGAAGCAAAAGACAAGAUCCACAAUCGAUGAGGAAAUAAGUAGUAAUCCAAAAUUAAGAGAAUUCAUGGAAGUAAUGAAACCAUCUCAUCAAGUUAAAUCAUGGGCUAACGAUGCUGUGGCUGAUGGCUCUGGUGGUCCUUCUGCCCAAGCUCUUGAGGAUGCCUUGGCUGAAAAGGAUGAGAAGCCAGCUAAGAAGGACAUCGAUUAUGAAAUGGCUCAAGUUCAAGAAAAUGCCAGUGACGAUGAAUAUGAAGACUUCGGAAAAAGAGACGAAGAGGAUGAGGAAGAUGAGCCUAUGAUGAGUUUGAGCAAUGUCAACGAAAAUGAGUCUACCAACCCUGUGCAUGACGAAAUCCAGCCAGAAGUUCAGGAAGAUGGUCUUGCUGCUAACGAAAAUGUAUCUGACCUCGACUGGCUCAAAUCCAGAAGAAUAAGAAUCAAGGAUAAUGACGAUCUGGAAGACAUACAAGAACAACAAGAACAACAAGAAACACAAAACACAGACGAAGCUGUCGAAUCUAAACUACCAUCCAGAGUUGCCCGUCAACCCGAACCAACCGUAGAUCCUGUCCAGACCGUGAUUGAAAAGAUCUCACAAACUGGUAGACUUUUCAUCAGAAACAUCUUGUACGAGUCCACUGAGCAAGAUUUCAGGGAAUUAUUCCAGAGCUACGGACGCCUUGAAGAGGUCCAUAUUGCCGUUGACACUAGAACUGGUAAAUCCAAAGGAUUUGUUUACGUACAAUUUGCUAAAAGUGACGAUGCUGUUUCUGCUUACAAGAGUUUGGACAAGCAAAUUUUCCAGGGUAGAUUACUUCACAUCUUGCCUGGUGAAAAGAAGAAGGACCACAGACUUGAUGAGUUUGACUUGAAGAACUUGCCACUCAAGAAACAAAGGGAGUUGAAGAGAAAGGACCAAGCCUCCAAGAACCAAUUCAGUUGGAAUUCACUCUACAUGAACUCUGAUGCUGUCUUGGAAUCUGUUGCCUCCAAAAUGGGAGUUUCGAAGUCUCAAUUGAUCGACCCAGAGAACUCUAACUCGGCCGUGAAGCAAGCUUUGGCUGAAGCGCAUGUGAUCAACGAUGUUAGAAAGUACUUUGAAGAUAGAGGGGUGGAUUUAACCACUUUUGAUAAGAAGGAAAGAGAUGAUAAAGUCAUCUUGGUGAAAAACUUCCCCUUUGGUACCACCAUCGAAGAAAUCGGAGAGUUGUUCUCCCCCCAUGGUGAACUUAAGAGAAUGUUGAUGCCACCAGCAGGUACCAUCGCCAUUGUUGAGUUCCGUGACGCUCCAAGUGCGAGAUCAGCAUUCACCAAAUUAGCAUACAGAAGGUUCAAAAAGGGUAUCCUCUACUUGGAAAAGGGUCCAAAGGAGCUAUUCACAAGAGAACCAUCGCAAGACGAGGUCCAAUCCGCCAACGAGAAGCCAGAAGAAAAGCCUGUGGAAGUGAAGGUGUCUGCCAGUGAUGUGAUGGGUGGAAGUGAAAGACAAGAAGAAGAAGAAGAGAGUGAGGUUGUUGACGGUCCUACUGUCUCUGUUUUUGUCAAGAACUUGAACUUCUCCACAACCUCACAACAGUUGACUGCAGCAUUCAAGGACUUGGCUGGCUUUGUUGUUGCAACCAUCAAGACCAAGCCAGACCCAAAGAACACUGGCUCCACAUUGAGCAUGGGUUUUGGAUUCGCAGAAUUCAAGACCAAGGAACAAGCCAACACUGCCAUUUCUCUCAUGGAUGGCCACGUCUUGGACGGACACAAGUUGCAGUUGAAGUUGUCCCACAGACAAGGAGGUACCACCGCAAGCAAGGCCGACAAGUCCACCAAGUCGAACAAAAUCAUCGUCAAGAACUUGCCGUUCGAGGCCACCAGAAAGGACAUUUUGGAGCUUUUCGGAGCUUUUGGCCAGUUGAAAUCGGUCAGAGUGCCAAAGAAAUUCGACAGGUCUGCCAGAGGUUUUGCGUUUGUUGAAUUCAACUUGCUCAAGGAAGCCGAGAACGCCAUGAACCAAUUGGAAGGUGUCCACUUGCUCGGAAGAAGAUUGGUAAUGCAAUACGCGGAAGCAGACUCCGAGAAUGCAGAGGAGGCCAUCGAGAAGAUGACCAACAAGGUCAAGAAACAGGUGGCUACCCAGAACUUAUCGGCGCUCAGAAUGGCUGGUAAGGGUAAGAUCGACUUGGAAGAGAAGGAAGACGAGUUUGCUGGCUUCAAUACCAACCUUCAGACCUUCAAGAGCAAGUCCUUCGCCCAGUCCAGUCGCUACCUCCAAUCCAACACCCAAAUCUUACAAUCCAGCUUUGGACCCACCUCGUUCUUCAAAUCGCUCAAGAAGUCCCCCACCCUUGUGCCUGCCAGAGGUUUCAAGAGAUCCCAGACAUGGAACAAUUACAAUAAGUACUACAAACGAACUAAUUGGGACAGGCUCAAGCGCCCUGCCCUCUUCACUGCAUUGUUCUGUGCUGGUACCACUUUGAUUACUCCAUAUGUUUUCGAAUACACUCCUUUGAAAUACUUCAAAAGGAAUCCGCAUGCUUGGGUGUAUGGCCUCAUUGCCAUAAACGGUGCCGUCUUCUUGCUGUGGAGAGUCCCCCAAUUAAGAAGGUAUACCACCAAAUACGCCCUUCUAGUCAAGGACAACGUCCAGUCUAACUUCUCUUUGUUGGGCUCAGCAUUCUCCCAUCAGAAUCUAGGCCACUUGUUCGUCAAUAUGUUCGUGCUCCAUAGUUUCGGAACUUCCUUGUGUGCCAUGGUGGGUGUGACCAAUUUCACAAUCAUGUACCUUAAUGCUGCGGUGAUUUCUUCGUUUGUUUCCCUUGUCGUUCCUACAGUUCUCGGAUCGAUUGCAGGAGUAUCCUCCUUGGGAGCUUCUGGUGCAGUGUUUGCCGUUUUUGGUACCUUCUCGUACUUGAUUCCAAAAGCGCCAAUUGCGUUGUUUUUCAUCCCGGUUCCUGGAGGAGCCUGGAUUAUGUUCUUGGGAUCUGUUGCCUACAAUAUAGCCGGAAGUGUACUCAGGUGGGGUAAGUACGACUAUGCUGCUCACUUAGGUGGUUCUAUCGCAGGAGUAGCCUACGGAUGGUGGUUUAACAAGAAAAGAAAGGAGGCCAUGAGCCAUAGAAGAGUGAGAUAUGGAUUUUAG